AUGAAACCUGUUGAAAUCUUUUCUCUUCAAUUUCAUCCUUCUAAUUUAAAAUCACUUCCAUGUGAUUUCGAAAUUCGCGUAAAGGGUUCACCUCAGACAAGUUAUAAAGUUCAUUUAUGUGUUCUUUCUGAAUUUUCAUCAAAAGUUCGUUUGUUAAUACUAAAUGAUCCAUGCAAGCGUUCAAUAGAAUAUCCUGGAGCCGAUCCUCUUGGAUAUUUGCAGCAAUUAAUUAAAUAUAUGUAUGGAGAUGAAAUCAAUAUUACUAACGAAAACGUAUGUUUCUUUAAUACUGCCGCCGCAUUUUUCGACAACCAGCACUUAUUAGAUACGACGUCGAAUUAUAUACAAAAGUUCGGUAUUCAGCCAGAUUUCUUCCAAAAAUUACGUCAAUCCGAUCCACUUUACGUUCUUCCUCAGAUUAGCUUAGCCGCACUCCAAUUCGAAGCACUGAAGCAGCAAUUACAACUAAUGGAUCUUUCUUUACCGAUUUUAGAUGAAAUUUUAAGGAAACAAGACCUGUAUUACGAGAACGAAGUAUCUCUAUUUUUAUGGAUGAAUGGAUUGGUAGAAAAGCAUGGCCCUGAAUACGUUCAAUUAUUUGCUCAUUUAAUUUUAGAAGAUUUAGAUUCCUCGUGUAUGCAUUUACUAUACUCUAAAAUUACGCCUGACUUGAUAGGAGGAGCUCUAUGGGAAGCAAUUUGCAAUAGAUUAGUAUAUAGUGUUCCAACCGAAGAAUCGCCUCACGUAAGGCACUGGUCACAGAACCAACAACAAGGAUAUCAGAACAAUAACCAAACUAGGCCACAAUUUAAUAAUUCGAUUAAUACAUUUACUCCGCAGUCAAAUCCGAUUUCUCUUCCGAAAUCCUCGCAUUUCAAAGAGUAUCCUAAGCAGCCUGGCCAAUAUUUCAACGGAAUCUUCCAAGCUCUUACGAAUACCUACGGAAAGAAUCCAUGUUCUGAGAAUAUUGUAUUUAUUGAUGGCGGAGGUGGUCCAAAGUCUCGCUUCCUUCCUAGAUUGCUUGAAUACGAAGAUAUCAGUCCUUGGUGGAAUAAUUAUAACGGAUCUGGUUUUAAUAAGAACGAUCAAUGGAUAGAAAUCACGUUUUACAAGCAUCGUGUUAUUCUUACUGGUUAUACGUUCGCUUCUCCAAUGAAAUAUCCAAAUCAGUCGCAACCAAGAUCUUGGAAAAUUUUUGGAUCGAACGACGACGGCCAAACAUGGGAAAUUAUCGAUGAGGUUGUAAACUCUGAUGAUAUGAACUUUUCUAAUGCAAUUGCUUCUUUCCAAGUCAAAAAACGACCAGAACCUUAUUCAAAGUUUAGAAUAGUACAACUCGCAAGCCAGCUUAAGAAACCGUCUUUGGAAUUAUAUCAGUUCUGUCUGAAUGCUAUAGAAUUCUUCGGAUAUAUAGAAGAAAUCCAAGAUUGA